AAAAAAAAAAAAAAAAAAAAAAAAAGUAUGACACAGACAGCUUGCCAACCGGUAAAGAAUUUGUAAAAAUCAGCUUGCCGAGCUCUUAUUUACUUCUUCGUUAAGUUUCGAUAUCCAAAACUACUGGGUUAGAACAGUGUAUAAUGGCAUAUGAAUAGUAAUAUAUUUAUAUACAGGAUAGAAGGAAGCUAUACUUGGGCACAUUAGACAAGACUUCGAUAAGAGAGAAGAGUCUAGAAUCUACAGGAUCACUGUCAGCAGCAGCAUUGACCGCUGGAUCACUGAAUCACUUUUAACAGAACGGCAUGAGGAGUUUGCCAUAUUUUUUCCGGGGACCGGUUGUCCGCGGAUUUGGACGAGGAAGCAAAGACCUGGGCAUCCCAACAGCAAAUUUCCCAGAGUCUGUUGUGGACAGUCUCCCCACUGACAUCAGCACUGGCAUCUACUACGGUUGGGCACGUCUUGAUAAUGGAGAUAUACACAAGAUGGUAAUGAGCAUUGGCUGGAACCCUUACUACAAAAACACAAAAAAGUCCAUGGAAGCACAUGUGAUCCACACGUUUAAGGAAGACUUCUAUGGUCAUAUAUUGAGCGUGGCUAUGGCUGGCUACAUUCGCCCUGAAAGAGGAUUUACAUCACUGGAUGAGCUAAUAACAGCAAUUCAUAAUGACAUUGAGGAAGCAAAGAAAAAGCUGGACCUACCCGAGCACUUGAAAUUGAAAGAGGAUAAUUUCUUUAAGACUUCCGUAUCCACAACAUCUAAUCAGAUCUUGAAUGGUCAACACUCACUUUUAUGAUCAUCUCUGUUUGUUGCUUGUUUUUUUUUUUUCUUGCAAUUUUUUUGUACAAAUAUGUUUUUCCUCUUGUGGAGCAGACAGUAUAUAUCUCUAUGUUCACAUAGAAUCAUCAGAUUGUGUUUUGUUUGUUUAUAAUUAAAAAAUGAGGAUCUAAUAAUUAUACAUUUAUUUUAUGUAGCGCCUUUUAAUAGUUACUUCCUAUAAGUGCUUUACAUACAAAUCAAGACAACAUACGUAAAAUAUAUUACAAUGAUAAAAGAAAAAAACUAUAAUAGAAGACAUUAUUUAAAAGUAAUCCUCAACAAAACAGAUUUAAGUAUAGAUUUAAAAGUAGCAAAAGUAGCACAGUGUCAGAGCAUAAUAAGAAAAAGCCCUGUCGCCCCUGGAUCGCAGACAAGUUUUAGGAACAAUUAGGAGACCACACUGAGAAGAUUGCAAAAUUCUGACAGUAGUGUAGAGUGUUAAAAGAUCUUGGAUAUUGUUUAUGCAAAGCUUUCUAAGUUAGCUUUUAAAUCUGUGUGGUACUUAUGGGUAAUAUGCUCACCUACCCUCAGCCCAGUUGAAAUUUUAGCUGCUGAAUUCUGCAAAUAUUGCAAUUUGUUAAGAGAUAAUUUGAAGAAACCAGCAAGAAGAGCAUUACAAUUGUCAAUUUUGUGAAAAAACUAAAGAGAAAAGGGCAAAAUGGUUCAAAUAUGUGCAAUGUUCUUAAGAUGAAAGGAGUUAUCAAAUAAUCCAAGAUGCCACCAAGAUUUUUUUUUUUUUAUUUACUUAAGAUCACAAAGUUGAAACCAUUAAUUGUGAGAUCUAUAGAAGCUGCUUGACACAAUUGGUGGGGAGAACCAAGCAGCAUCACUUAAGUUUCAGAGCUGUUUAAACACACAAAAAAAAGUUUGUCGUCCAUAAAUUUAUCUCAGAAAUGCAGUUUGCCUAAGACCAUGCAUUAAAACAAAUAGACUAGAAUUAAGAGAAUUAAGACGCAAAUGAUCAAUGGUAUCAAAAGCUGAGCUAGAAUCAAGUAAAAUGAGAAUCGAAUGGGAACUAGAAUCAGUGGCAAGAAGUAAGUGACAACUUUGAACAGAGCUGUUAUUAUACUGUUUAAUUUUCUGAACCCAGAGUGAAAGGGCUCAAACAAGUUAACCCCUAAAUGGUUAAGCAGUUGGGACAAAACUCUUUAGAUUUUUUGCAAUAAACAUAAGUUGUUAAAUUGGACAGAAAUUGAAAUUCUUUGGAUUACUGUUAUGCUUUUCUAAGUGAGGAAAACAGCAACUGGCACGAUACCAGACAGAGAAUUAUUUAUUAUUGAAAGAAUCAAAGAGAAUAAAUAGCCAAAACAGGAAUUAAAUGCAUUAGAAGGCAAGGAAUAAAGAAUUAAAGUGGAAUCCAUCACACAAGUUACCUGUGCACAAAGGAAGUUGGAAUUAACUAAGCUAAGGUUAAAAAUGGGUGUUCCGAAAAAAAAACUUUGUGUUUCUGUAAGGCCUCUUUAAACGUGAUCUGGAAGUGCUUAGAAUAUCCUUACGGACAUUAAUGAUUUUUGUUCUAAAAAGUUAAGAAAAUUGCUACAUUUCAGAGCUUAUGUUUUGGGUGACCUACCAGUAUCUACUUUCAAUAGACUUAAAUAUGUGGAAAAUUUGAAAUCAUCAAUUAUCUGAGAGAAAUAGGAUGUUCCUGGCUCAUCCCAACUGAUCCAAAAAAAAAAAUAAUUCCAAGCUUGUUAAAAGAGUGACAGACCAGAACAAUGCCAUAUACAAUCCAGUUUGCGACACCACAUUUUCGUCAGAUGCAAUUUGUCAUUAUACUAAGGAGAUAUGCGUGCAAAAGAAACAUUCUGAGUUUUAGUAGGAGCAAAAUUGUCUAAGGCAGUGUAUCAUUAAAGAAAUUUUUUUUUUCGAUCAGCGGAUGACUAACUAACUACUGACUAUUGAAUAACCAAAAACAGCAGGGCCUAUUUGCUGCCAUUUGCGAAAGGAAACAACAGAACAACAGUGUAUACAACAGACCUUAAUGGACAUAUCACCCUAGAUUGAGGGGGAAAAAAAUUUAAAGUAAUUAAAAAAAUAUAUAUAUAUAUAUUUUUUCUUUUACAUUUAUUUAUUUUUUUUUUGUCAAGAUGUAGUCUGUUGUUUUCUAUUUAGAGACUUUAAAAAAUAAAAAUAAAACAAUCAAACAAUAGUCAAAAUUAGCAUUUUGUCCUCUUUGAGAUUGUAUUUAUUUAAUAAAUACAAAUGUAUUUAUUUAUUAUUUUUAGAAAUAAAACAACGGUUGAUGUAAAUGUGAGUACAAUAAUGUAUGGUUGUCUUCAGCCAUUGUUUCAGUGUAAUUACCUAAAUUAAUCCUAAAGGAGAUUAAAAUGUUUCCUUAUAUACUGAAGCUCUAAAUAGCAAACAAUUGCCAUAUUCUUAAUUUAUCUUUGUACUAAUUCUUUAUGGAAAAUACUUUACAACUGCCUUUUUUUUCUUUUACUAAGGUUACUACAAGCCUGAAUGACUUGAUUUGUUUGAUAAUGUGUGUUUAAUUAAAGCAACACUAUGUAGCUUUUCAACCUUAAAAUAAUGUCUAUAAAAUUAUUUCUGGAAAUAUUUCACUGCUGUGGCUACCAGAGCAGCCUCGUGUCACUCAAAAUCACAUUUGCUACUUUGUUUGUUUGUAGUUGGCCAACUACAUGAUAACUAUAUAAUGAAAUAAUCUAAUAUGCAAGUCUAAAAUCCAAGAGGAAGCCAAAAAAGUGUUUUAUUUUUGGGAAGUAAAGAAGAGAAAGAGAAAUGAAACCAAAGAGGCUCCUACUUCUCUAGCUACAUCACAGUUAUUUGAUUAAAGAUGCUCUGUUAGUUUAUAGACUAAACAUAGGCAGGGUUUCCACACAGGAAUAUCAUGAAAUUUUAAAUGUCCCAUUCAAGACAUUGAAAGUCAUUGAGUUUUAUGUAUUUGUGAUACAUAAAAGUGAUAGUCAUGAAAUAUCAAGCAAUUGUAAUUUUGUUCACUGAACAUUAUUAAUUUAUUUUUUUCUAUACCAAGUUUUUUUAUCUUAUUGUUUCACAUUUUUUAUCUAUUGUUAUAGUAGUGGUGUGACGAGAUCUAAAUCGUGGUGAGAUAUCUCGUCGAGAUGAAAAGUCUUGUUAUGAUGGAGCGUGAGGGUGAAUUUAACACUGAAGAGGCAGGAUUGGAUUUGAAUCGCACAUCACAAGUGCUUUGCACACACCUGGCAACUUGGGCUGCUACUGUGUUGCAUGUCACUCAUUUGCUUCGGUGGGUGUGAUGUAACCAAUCUUUUUACCGGAGUUAUUUGAGUUCAUUGUGUCUGACAUUGCAUUGCUGAGUGAUGCAAUCUCAGCUUUCAUCAUAAAGGCUGCAUCCAGAUACCAAUGCACAGAUAGGGGAACCCUGGAGACUUAACACACCUGUCAUCUUCAUCAUCAAAUACACUUUUAUGCUGUCCGUGAAAAGCCAAUGUUUUCCUUUCAUUCGAUGUGCGAUUAAACUCCAUUAAAACAUUUAUUUUUCUGUCA